AUGUCGGCUCUGCCUCCACCCAACUAUUCCGACUUGGAGUUGCCCUCCUACGAUACCACUGCUGCUCCCAACUACACAACCCCCACCACUAUAACCCGCCCUAAAGAUUCAAUUCUCGGCCCUGCAACGCUCUUCAUCGCAGGACGCUUCAUCUACUCGACCGACCCCCAAGACCCUCCACUCUACGAAUUCUCCCACGACAUCAGCUACCUCCACGAUAACGAUCGCAAUGUCAAAGUCGAGCGCAUAGAUCCCGUUACAAAGACAUCCGCCGGUCUGCCCCAGGUCGUGCUAAAAAACCGGCACCUAUUCGAUCUCAAGCAUCCCACUGCUGCCGAGUUCCCGUCUUUUCCGUACCAUGCCGAAGCUACCUCACAACGAGCGCUGACAAGCUUUGGGGUGUCAUGUUUUCGCUCCGGUAAUAUUCUGCGACAGCUCAAAGGCUUUCGGUUCGAGCGGAUGGUGAGAGGGCCAGGUCGUAAGUUUCGAGCUGAUGGUGUACUGUACGAAGCUUGCGAAUCGCGGAGUAAAGGCGUCGCAUACGAGUGGAGAGACUGCUACAGCGACAUAAUAGCGAGAGAAAUCCAGGAUGAACAAGGCCAUAUAAGUCUAUUCGUUACAGCAGAGAUGACCCAGGAACUUCGCGAUGCGCUCGUUACCGCGUGGGUGAUCAGGAUAUGGUCCGAGUUGUCAAAUGGAAACAAGUCGGCGACUCGUCUAAUGAUGGUGGGCUCUCGUCCAUAA